AUGAAGCCCACCGAAACAUUUAGCGGUGACGUCUCCUUGGAUCCUAUCCACAUGGGCACAGACGCAGCGAUUGCCUAUUUCACAGUUACACCUUGUGCCCAAACACAUUGGUAUACCCAUGAGAAGGGCCAGAUGAUCAAAGUUGUCGCCGGUAGUGGCCGGAUCUGCGACAAGGGAGGUGUUCCCCGGUGUUUGAAGACUGGCGAUGUUGUCUGGGCUCCGGCUAGGAAUAUCCACUGGCAUGGAGCAGAUGAUUCCAGCAUUAUGACACAAUUUGUUAUUGGAAUUGGGAGUACUGUCUGGCAUGUUGCUGUGACUGAGGGGGAAUAUAGCGAGAAGGUGAAUAACUGA